CUUCUUUUUAGAACAAACACAUAAAUUGGUGGGUCGUCGAUGAACGAUUGUUCUCAAAAUUGCCGUUUCAACCUUCAAAAUUGGGUCAAAUAUUCGAAAAUGUUGUUGCAACGAUAUAGAGAUAACAAAUCUGAGUUUAUUGCAAGAACUCAGUUCUUUGGAAAAUCAGAGUUUGUAUUAAGUUUAAUAAUUUUAUUUGAAAACAAACAUUCUAAUUUUGUGUAUUUCAGAUUUCUACAAAAAAUGUUUUCUAAAAUGUUGACAGAUACUUUGGUACUCUUACUCUGUACUGCAGCUACUGCUGGGGAAAACGACGAUGUGGUUCAUGUGGCUGGUUUGCUUGGCGGGUCAGCUAGGUUACCGUGUGAUACCACACUACCCACCAAGGAGAACCCUGUUAUUCUUGUAAUAUGGUUGAAGGAGCCUGCACCGAACCCAAUAUAUACGUAUGAUUUAAGAACUGAUGGGAGAGGGAAUCAUUGGUACGACAGUUUCAAUCUCGGGGGUAGAGCCUUUUAUAAUGGUGAAAACAGUUCCUCAUUUCUUGCAAUCGAAAAUCUUCAGGAGAAGGACAGGGGUCGGUAUAGAUGCCGGGUCGAUUUUGACAAGGCUCCAGCUAAAAUAUAUAAAGUAGCACUACAAGUUGUUGUUCCUUCCCAGCCCCCUGUGCUAGUGACAGGAGAAGGAAUCCAGCUUGAGGAAAUUCAGUAUUUCGAGGGAUCUCAUCUUACAGUACACUGUAGGGUUAAAGGAGGAGUCCCGCCUCCCCAGCUUUUCUGGUUUGUGAAUGGGAAGAGUGUAGAGGGUGUCCCCAUGAACAGACCAAGGAGUCAGCAGCUCCAUCAGGGUAUACCAGGUCUAGGUAGUUCUGCUGUAGAUACUCCUGGAGUUGGGCUGGUCAGCUCAUACCUGGAUUUCGGAGUUCUAGCAAGAAAUGAUUUAGACACUAAUAUUACCUGUUCUGCUCUGAACAGCAACUUGUCUGCUCCUGUUCAGACUACGAGAAGAAUACAAAUGAAAUUAUUGCCGCAGCAAGUUCAAAUCCUGAAUACUAGAGCUACUCUCUCAGCUGACACAGAGACAUCUAUCCGUUGUUCCAGCUGGGGUUCGCGGCCGGUCGCUGAGUUGACCUGGUGGCUAGGAGGAGAACUGUUACAUUCAAACCUAUCCCAGGUUUCUGGAAAUGAAGCCUACAGUAAUCUAACAGAGAGUGUUCUUCGGUUCAAACCGACCAGAAGUGAUUCUAGAAAAUUUCUGAAAUGCCGAGCUCAGAAUCCUGAAAUGCCAGCGAGUGAGAUUGAAGAUUCAUGGAACCUGGAUGUUAAUUUUAAACCGCUACUAGAUGUCACCCUUGGUCAAACCCUGGAUCCACGACAAAUCAAGGAAGGGGAUGAUGUCUAUUUCGAGUGCUUAAUUGUGGCCAAACCUCCAGUUUACAAAAUAUCCUGGGAUUUUAAUGGCAGAGAACUGAAACAGAAUAUGAGAGACGGAAUCAUAUUUGGAAAUCAAAGUUUAGUCCUUCAAGGUUUGGAGAAAGGUAGCUCGGGAAAUUAUAGUUGUAGAGCCACUAAUGAGGAAGGAGUGGGGGUUUCUAAACCUAUUCAUCUUGAUGUUAAAUUUGAAGCAAAUCCAGCGGUGGACUUGAUGUUUCGUUGGACCUUCAACAAUACUUCAGAGACUUCAGAUAUUCAGGAAAGUAGGUUUACACAGAUCGGACCCGUAUCUAAUCUUGUUUACAGUCCGUUUCAUGAGCUAGACUAUGGAACUAUUCUGUGCUGGGCUGGAAAUCAACUUGGGCAUCAGCAACUACCUUGUAUCUUUCAUAUUAUCCCUGCAGGUCCCCCUGAACCCCCUCAGGGAUGCAGAAUAAACAGCUCAAGCACAGAUAGUAUCCAGGUACCCCCCCCCACUUGA